AUGGCAGGAUCCAAGUUGACAUUCGCAAAAGAUCUUGAUAUCCCACUGAAAUCAAAACCUACAAUUGCAUCCACUGUCAACUAUACUCCUAUCAAACCUUCUUUAGUGCCCUACAACAAGAAUAAUAGCUUUACCACACUCUCAACAGAGGACAGAAACCCCGCAGAGCUGGCAGACAUAGAUCCAAAUAAUGCCAACGGCAACAAUCAAAAGAUCCUUUAUGGAGGGUUCACAGAGAAAGACUCAAAGAUUGAGGAUGAUAAGGAUGGUGACUAUACGAGCGUCAACUAUUACCACGGAUCCUCUUCCAUAAAGGGUAUGGAAGACGAAUAUGUUCCUAAUUAUGAGUUCAAUCAGGAUAUUCUCAAGAAUUGGUUUAGUUCUCAAGAUCUGGCAAAUGAGAAUGUUGAAAAGAAGAGAAACCUUGAGGAUGAUGUGUUGAAAGAACUUCAUUCUCAGGCAAUUCCAAUAAGUGUCCCGAAGAACCACAAGAAGAGAGAUAUGGAAAAGAAAGUUGACGCAAAGAAGAUUGAUGAAUGGAAUGAACCAGUGGACAUUGACAAAUUAUCUCAAUUGAUUGGGUCACCUCCAAGAGAUUUUGAUGAAAAGAUUUUGAACGAAAUACCAUUUAACUUCCAAGAAUUCUCAUUUUCUGAAAGGAAGAAGUUUUUGACCAAGAUAAUUCCCUCCGAACUGCGUAAUAAUGACUAUAAAAACCAUUUGACAAAGCUCAUCAAAGCAAAGUUCAAGUCCAAAGGUAACAACUUGUCCUCCUCCAGCUCAUUAUCAUCGAAAAAGGCAUCGCCAGCGAUGUUAUUUCUCAACAACAUGUCUUCCAAAGUUAGGGUUACCAUGGAUAAGAACGGGCUGCCUUCCAGGACUGACCUUUCAAACGAACCAGUGCCCCCCAAUAGUAACAGACUUGGUUCUGUAGUGAUGGGAUACAAACUCGGUAAUGUCAUUGGUUUCGGAGCAUGGGGAACCGUCAGAGAAUGCUGUAAGUAUACUGGAGUUGCCAGCAUUGCCGAUUCCACGACUACAUCACGGGCAGCUUCCUAUGCUCCGAGCCGAAGGAGUUCUUUAGCGCUCAGUUUUGUAUUGGAUCCCAAGAGCCAGCAGUUUAGAAGUAAUUAUUCUAAUCCACCAGCCUCCGGAUAUACAAAUGCGAUGAAAAUCACUUCAUGUGGUAGCGAGUCAUUGAUGAACGAAUUUCUCAGAGAGAUAAAAGUGUGGGAAAAAAUGAAUCAUCCUAAUUUGCUUCCCUUGCUGAACUGGACCCAAGCAAAUGGAAAUAUUUUUGCCCUGACCAUUAAGUGUUCUGGCGGAACCCUUUUCGAUUUGGUAGAUUUUUGGAGUCAUUCUUCUCCUGAUCAGGCCGUAAUUCGGAAAUACAUGAUCGAUAUCGCCAAUGCAUUACAGUACAUGCAUGGACUGGACUAUAUUCAUGGCGAUGUAAAGCUGGAGAACUGUCUCUUGGAUAUUACCAUCUCUUACCAUGAAUUGACAAAGGACAAUUGUGGUAACUGCAUACUUUGUGAUUUUGGUAUGGCCCGAAGUUUGGAAGAUAUCAAGAUUGAACGCAAAGUGAACGUGAGAAAUAAGGCAAGCUUCCACAUUGGUACUCCUCCCCGAAGAGGUAGAAGCAAAACCCCGACGUUGUCUUUGGGAAGAACACUUUCCAGCAAGGAGGUUGUAUCAGAACUAUCAAGUCAGCUUCAAAAGAUCAAAGACCAACAGAACUAUUCAUCUUCCGAAACUCUGACGUCUGCAGAUACGUCACCCAAUGCAUCGUUACCAAAACUGUAUCGCAACUCUGCAAGUCCAGAAAAAUCUCCAAGUAUUCAUCCUCUGCCAGAUUGCAAUAUUGGAUCUCUUCCUUAUGCUGCACCUGAAUUGCUUGUAGACCCUGACUGCCCACGUUGUUAUCUGAGCAAAGAAUCGGAUAUCUGGAGUUUGGGAGUGAUGAUAUACACGAUGAUCUCUGGGAAAUUACCAUUUACGAAUUCAAGCGACGAAGUUUUGAAAGAACUAAUUAAGAAAGGGGAUGUAGAUUAUUCCAUUGCAGAAUCCAGAGGAAAAGAGUUUACUCCCUUAGUUAAUAUUGUGAAAGGGUGUCUCAAAGGUGACCCGAAAGAGAGGUUUACUUUGAAGGAGAUAUUAGAUCGAUUGCUGGCAACCGAUGCUCCUUUUGGGUAG